CUACCCCGGUCUGCACAUUGUCGUCGUCGUCGCUAGCCCCGUACGAAUGACUUCUCCGGCUUUCGUCUUGCGCCUGGUGCUAACAUUCAUUUCAGUCUCACUCAUCUUUCUCGUGUCUACGUCCAGCCCAUCCUUUUUGCGUCUUUUCCCAUCUACUACACAAGACGGAAUCACUGUUAGACAUCAUGGCUUCAGCCACCAGAGAAACAGCCUUUCACAGUUUGCAAAGCCCACCCCCAAGCCCCGUCUCGCCCUCCGGUCGAUGAAUCAAAUGGAGUCUUGCCCGCCUCCGGUUGGCCUACGGGCCCUACAGUUCAGGUUUGUGCGGUCCGACAGUGAUUAUCCCAGCGACCCUAACAUGUCCUAUAGGGCGAUAACAACGGGUCAUCGACCCCGGAGACGCCUCCUCCCAUCCCAGUCCGCAGCCCCCUUCGCCCCCGUCCCGGCGAGCAGAAGUCUCCUGCUGUGCUGCUCUGGCGCCUGGCCCUCCCCCUCGACCCCACCUCCUUCGCCUCCGUGGAGGAGCCCGCCUCGCCUCCCUUGAAGUACCUGGCCC